AUGGAGAGGGGAGAGAGCGGGGGAGAGUCUUUGAGGGUGGCACAAAGCGAGGCUGCCGGCCAUGCCGGCGAGAGCAAUAAGGGGGAGAGUGGAGGUGGGCAUGCAUCAGGUGAAAAGGAGGAAAUUAAAGGAGACAAUAACAAGAUUCAAGGUCAGCGGAUAUCGUUCAAAGAUAAAGUUGUGGGUGCCUCAACAAGGAGAUCUUUGGAGGUUGCUGAUUCUCUUGAUGGGGAUAAGAUGGCUACAGUAGUUGAGCCCUACAAAGAUGCCAUCGUGAUCAAAGUUCUUGGAAAAAACUUUAGCUAUACGGCGAUCACGCACAGGCUUAAAGGAGUCUGGAGAACCAAAGGAGGAUAUGAGAUACUAGAUGUCGGUUUUGGCUAUUUCUUAGUCAAAUUUGAUCUCUUGGAGGAUAGAGAAAAAGUUUUUCUUGGAGGACCAUGGAUGAUUACUGGUAGUUAUGUUGCGGUUAAACCUUGGAGUUCUUCAUUCAGACCUUGUGAAAACACUUUUGGGUCUACCAUGGUUUGGAUAAGAAUCACAGGUUUAAACAUUAACUAUUAUCAAGAGAGAGCCAUGAAAAUGAUUGCGUCAGCUGUUGGCAAACCGAUCCGCAUCGACUUAGCCACCAAGUCUGCGGAGAGGGAAAAGUAUGCAAGAGCAUGUGUGCAAAUUAACUUGGGACUUCCAGUCAUAAAAAAGAUUCAAGUUGAUGGUCAUAUGUAUGACAUAGAAUAUGAGCACUUGAAUUUAAUUUGUGAAAAAUGUAGCUGCUUUGGGCAUGUAACAAGAGAAUGUGCGAAAGAGAAAAACAAUGGCAUUGGGAAGGAAACCAUGGUGAAGGAGAAAAAUUUGCCGUCACUGUUUUCGGUGGAUAACAACGAGAAAACGGCAGAAGGUAGUCAAAUUCCAGUAAAAAAUCAAAAUUUAACUUUUGAAUUUGGAAUUAAUGCCAAAUCAAUUCCAAUUAUGGAGAAGCAUGGAGCAGCGGGUCUUGUGCAUGAUAAUUUAUAA